UCGCGCUUCCUUUUCCAGCAGCGCCUGUGAUCAUGGCGGACGUGGUGGCAGAGCAGGUAGCGGAGCAGAAACCAGUCCCGAACCGGGAGCUGAACGGGGAGGCGGAGGACAGGGAGGAGGCCGAGCCCGUGGAGGAGGCAGCGAAAAAGAAGAAGAAAAAGAAGAAGAAGAACAAGUCCGCAACGACAGGCGUUGAGGCGGAGGCUGAUGGAGUGUCCGAAGUGACCAAACAGCUGGAGAAGCAGGCGAUAGAAGACAAAGAGAAAGAGGAGGACGGCGAGGAAGAUGGAGAUGAUGGAGAAAACUCAGCAGGGAAGAAGAAGAAGAAGAAAAAGAAGAAGAAGGGACCCAAAUCUCAGACUGACCCUCCAUCAGUGCCCAUCUGUGAUCUGUACCCAAGUGGAAUAUUCCCCAUCGGACAGGAGUGUGAAUACCCCACCUUACAGGACGGUCGCAGUGCAGCGUGGCGUACGACCAGUGAUGAGAAGCGGGUGCUGGAUAAAUCCAACGAGGAGGUGUGGAGCGACUUCAGACAGGCAGCCGAGGCCCACAGACAAGUCCGCCAGCACGUCCGCGGCUUCAUGAAGCCUGGCAUGACCAUGAUUGAAAUCUGUGAGCGGUUGGAGGACUGUUCUCGUAAACUGAUAAAGGAGGACCGGCUGAACGCCGGCCUGGCCUUCCCCACCGGCUGCUCCCUGAACCAUUGUGCUGCCCACUACACUCCCAACGCCGGAGACACCACCGUCCUGCAGUACGACGACGUCUGCAAGAUCGACUUCGGCACUCACAUCAACGGGCGAAUCAUUGACUGUGCCUUCACUGUCACAUUUAAUCCAAAGUACGACAAGCUGCUGGAGGCUGUGAAAGACGCCACCAAUACUGGAAUCAAAAACGCUGGCAUUGAUGUGCGUCUGUGCGAUGUUGGAGAGGCCAUUCAAGAAGUGAUGGAGUCGUACGAGGUCGAGCUUGAUGGCAAAACAUACCAAGUGAAGCCGAUCCGAAACCUGAAUGGUCAUUCAAUCGGUCAGUACAGAAUACAUGCUGGCAAGACUGUGCCCAUCGUCAAAGGAGGAGAAGCAACCAGAAUGGAGGAGGGAGAGGUUUACGCCAUCGAGACAUUUGGCAGCACAGGUAAAGGUAUGGUCCACGACGACAUGGAGUGCUCUCACUACAUGAAGAACUUUGACGUCGGCCAUGUCCCAAUCAGGCUGCCCAGAGCGAAGCACCUGCUUAACGUUAUCAACGAGAACUUCGGCACGUUGGCGUUCUGCCGGCGCUGGCUGGACCGUAAAGGUGAGAGCAAAUACCUGAUGGCCCUGAAGAACCUGUGCGACCUCGGCAUCGUGGACCCCUACCCUCCCCUCUGCGACACCAAGGGCUGCUACACCGCUCAGUUCGAGCACACUAUCCUGCUCAGGCCCACCUGCAAGGAGGUGGUGAGCCGGGGAGACGACUACUGAUACUCCAACCCCACCCUUCAACUCCACACCACCCCGUCACUACCCCGCUAGCAACUCCUUCUUCAGAGAAACAAAAGAGAAAAGCUUCUAAAACGGGACGUGGUCGUCUCGGAGAAGCUUUGAGGGAUGCCAAAUGCUCAAUGCACCACUCUCAACUUGCGAGGAAGAAGGACUGCAAAGCUAAAGAAAUCGUAAACAAGCCAACACGUUUCUGUCUGGGAAAGUAUUUUAGUUUCCUGCGGAUCUCAUUUUACAAAAUGUUAAAACUGUCAAACUUUUAUUUAAGCUGCUGCUGAAACUUGUGCACCCUCCAGUAUUCAUACCUCCCUUUCUACGGCUCCACUCUGAGCCUCCAGUACUUUAAUGCUCGAGUUAAAUUAAGCACAAAUGCUACUGGUGGGUUUAAGAAGUGGUUAGGCCGAUGCAUGGCCAGGAAAUCUGCAAACAGACAACUCCUAACAUUUAAAGCUCGGGGUGUCGCAGUAAUAAAUCUUCAUCGUUCAUCUGCAGCUCUAUGUUUGGCUUCUGUCACACAGGGAGGGAACUCUGCACUCUGGCCCCCUUAGUUAUCGUUUCUUUGAUAUUUGUAAAAUAUCUUUGAAAUGGUUGCUGCCACUUUGUUCCCCGAUUACAAAUGCUUCAUUUUGAGCUCCCUGAAAAUGUUUUUGUAAUAAAUAAAAAGAUUAUUAAAAAUGAUUUUGCUCAUUGUGA